UCCAAAAAUCUCCCUUGCGCACCCCGGAUGGAUGCUCCCUCUUGUUGCACUGGACUGAUCCCGUCGCCCCUCUUCCCUCGAUCCGUCCAGCAGGCACCUGCCUUCCUCGCUGCUGGAUUCGAUUUCCUGCAGUGUCCGAGUCGUCGCUCCGAUUUCUUUUUUGUUUUCUUCCCCUAAUAAGUUUCGUUUGCGUCAGACCGCGCCUGUCCGCCUACCGGUUCCGCGCGCGGUUUGCUCCUCUUUUGUUUCGGUGGUUUACGGUUGGGAGGAGUCUGAUUCGCUGGGUCCGGCGCGUCAGCUCAGCAAUCGCACAGCGCGCACACACACCCCCCCCCGACUUUCCCCCGUGCCUGCGAUUACGAGAACGUCAACAACAGCACCGCCCGAGGGGUCGCGUCUUCUGGGCCCCUAUCAAAGCACAACGACUUCUCUGCCAAACCGACGCCGUGUCUUCGCUCUCUUGUUUUGUGUUUUCUUUCGUUCGCUAUUACGCCCAUAUCCACUACUUCUACUCUCCUUCUUUGUUUCCUUUUUCCUUUAUUGUUCUUUGCGACACAGUCUCGCGUCUCCUCACAUGUUGGAUCUCGCGUGGUGAAGGGAUCUUGCAUUCCGCAUCCAAGGGGACUUCUGGCCUUGGCAGCACUAACCUCGACUGCCCUGCCUGUUUGGCGACCUCGCCACCGAUGGCGACCUCUCUUCCUUCCCACGAGGCCGUCGUGGCCUCGGCUGCCGGCGAUACCUUCGACCCCUUCGUGGGCAGCCCUUCGGGCCCUGCUCAUUUGCGACACUCCAACUUCGAUACCAACCUCUUCGCCCUGGCCCCCGGGUCUUCGGCCGAGCAGGUCAAACGAGCGAUCCAGGCGCAUUUGCGGGAUACCGAGCGGCGGAUGGAGGAGGCGGGGAAGUUAGGAACUGCCUUAGUCCAGCAGCAGAAGCAGCUCACCGAGAAACUCCGCGAAGUCGAGCAGCUUCAGUCCGAGGCCGAACUCAGCCCGGAGCUUCGGCAACGGCUGGUUGAGAUCGAAAAAGAUUACAACGAGGUGGCCCGGGAAAGUGCUCGCGCCCUGCUUCCUAAGCAGAGGGUUCCCAGUAACGAGUCCCAAGGCUCACCCUUCACCCCGGAUGGCAGCAAAGGUGUCGCCAGGCGCUCCGUUAGCCCCUCUAAGUUUGAGACUCUCGCUGCGCCCUCGCCAACAAAGUUCGGCGUUCAAAACCGGAAGGUCCGCAACCAGCCCGCGAGUAGGAUCCACGAUAUCGAAUUCGCGGCCGAGAUAAGCACGUCCCUGAUCGCACAGGUCCGAAACCUGCAGGCCCUUCUCUCGGAGAGGGAGGAAGAACUCAAGGAGGUCAAGGCGGAAAGGUCACAGUUGGAGAUUGAAGUCGAAGGGUUCCACCAACGCCUGAAGAGUCUGGACGAGAGCGAGAGCCGGUACAAGGACGAGAAUUGGAACCUCGAGACGCAGAUUCACGAGCUCAUCGCGGCGCAGAAGGAGGCGGCGGAGCGCGAAAAGAAGCUCACGCAAACCGUCAAUGUCAUCCAGGCCGAGAGAAACGCGGCCCAGAGGGAACUGGAAGAGGUCAAGGAAAGCCUCGCCAAGCAAGACGAGAAACAUUCCGCCGAGAUCAAGAACCUCGAAAUCGAGCUUGGCACCAGCCGCCGUGCUGCCGUGCUCUAUGAAUCCGAGCGCUCCGCCCUGCAGCGGAAGGUGGAGGAGCUUACCGGCCAGAACCAGGAGUUGGCCAAGGCCUUCUCGGCUCUUCAGCGUGGACGGGCGUUGGAGCGCGAGGCUCCCGCUGGGGGCAGCGAGGAGGAUUCCAACUCGGCGCCUGACCACAACACUCCGGAGCACUCACCUCCUCCGUCGCCCAUGAAGCCCACUCCCCGGCAUUCUGCGCUGGAAUCUGAGACGCUCAAGACAUCGCUCAGCCACGCUCAGCGUACCAUCCAGACCCUCCGGACUAACAUCCACCGUGAAAAAACGGAGAAGCUGGAGUUGAAGCGCAUGCUCCAGGAUGCCAGGGACGAAAUUGAGAAGCUGAGGAGCGACCCCAACCCUGCUCCCAGGAGGAUCCGCAAGGCCGAGUUGCGCGAGGCCAAGAAACCCGUCUUCAAGUUGACCCAGCUGGGUGUCCCACGAACCAGCAGGACCGAGGUGGUUGAAGACCCAGAGUGGGAGGACCAGUCCGAGAUCCCGUCGCCGCGCCCGCUCUCACGACGCGGUUCAACCACCCGUCUUUCUGGAACCAACGCCGCUCCUCCCGAGUCUAGCAGCGACCACUUCGAGACGGCUAACGAGACAAGCGACGCUGCCUUUGAGACUGCUCACGAGCGCGGGACCGAAACGGAGGACUUCCAGACUGGCGUCGAGGACAUGUCGGACGAUGAUGCGCCGACGGAGACAGAGGCCGGGCCAUCUCGGGGUGCGAAUUCGAUCAAGCGUCCUCCACCCCUGCCCCCGCAUCACUCCAGCAACCAUUAUUCGUUCGACAGCACCGCCUCUACGUCUAGCGAGGAUGAGGACUAUCCGUCAUUCAGCUCUGACCUCAGGACGCCAACGUCUGGCCCCAAGAUGCGGCUGCGUAUGAGCCGCAGUUCUCUGUCCCGUCGCUCGCGACAGUUCAGCGAGGAACGCGGGGUGCCGAGCAGUCCUCCGAGCAUUCCUGCUGACAACGCCUCGGUCACUCCAGGCGGGCAGAGCUUGUACGCGGAGCUCAACGGGUUGGACAAUAGUGAUGAUGACUCGUGCGCGGGAGCCGCUACGCCUAGUCGGAGGAGUGUUCGCUCCGCUACGCCUGCCACUCCCCGCAGCAUGAUUCGCGGGCGCGCUUCUCCGCCACCCGAGGUUCCAGCACUGCCCAAGAUCAUGGUCGACAGCGGCAUGAUGACCGAGCCGGUAGACAUCCGGCCAAUGCUCACGAUGUUCGAUCGUGAAGGGGACAAUGAUCAUGAGCGGCCAACGUCGAUGGAGUCUGUGAUCAGAGGUCGCCAGCUGCCUGUGUCGACCCAGUGGUUGGGAGAGGAAUGCAGGGAUGGAGAGCUGUCGAGACCCCAGUCCUCCGUUUCGUACAGUGACGCGAGUGUGCAGCACGAAUGGGAUAUGCACAGAAAGCUGGGUCAGUUCCCCUCGCCUCCGCCGACCCUUGUCCUCUCUUCCAUCGAGUCGCAGGAUAUCGAGCCGCACUCAGAACCGGAAACGCGGCCAAGCACGCCACUCUUGAGCGUCACGGCGAUCCUAUCUGAACAGACUGAGCCUGUGGUAGAGCUAGUGGAGCCGCCGACCCUGUCGAUCGCGUCCGUGGUUUCCGAGCAUGUCGAGCCAGUGGUCGAACCAGAGCCACCUCUGCCGAAGCUGAGCGUGCCGGUCAUUCUUGCUCAGGCUAUCGAGCCAGUGUCCGAACCCGAGCCGGCUUUACCGGAGCCACCAACGCUUACCAUGCCCGCUAUCCUCUCUCAAGAUGUUGAGCCGGUGCCGGAACCUGAAACCCCCUGUCCGGAGCCUCCGACGCUUACCAUGCCCGUUAUCCUCUCUCAAGAUGUUGAGCCGGUGCCGGAACCUGAAACCCCCCGUCCGGAGCCUCCGCCGCUCAGUGCGCCCGUGAUCGUUUCUCAGUCCAUCGAGCCUGUGGCUGAACCCGAGCCACUCAUUCCGAAACCGCAGACGCUGAGUGUUCCCGCCGUUAUCUCUCAAGACAUCGAACCCGUUCCGCCCUUGCCAGUCGCGCUCUCUUUCUCGGCUCUGCACACCACGGAAGUCCAGCCUGUUGCUGGGCCCGAGACUCCUCGUCCCUCGCCCGUCACCCUCACCUGCACGACUAUCCAUUCGGAAGAGGUCGAGCCAAUAGAGCUUCCCGCACCGGUCGUCGAGGAGCGCUCGGAACCCAAGGCGGAUGUUCCUCCUCUGCCCGUGCCUCUAUCGUUCUCCUCGAUUACAUCGACGCACAUCGAGCCUCAGGAAGAGGUGCCCGCGUCCCCGAUCAAGCUUUCGGUGUCGCCUAUUGCGACGGAAGAAGUCGAGCCUUUCCAGGAGCCAGAGACGCCUGCACCUUCUCUUACUCUUGCUUCCAUCCAGACGCUGGAUGUUGCCCCGUGUGAACCGCCAGCACCUGCUCUGAAGAUGUCAGGCGUUCAGUCCUGGGAUAUCGAGCCAGUGGGUGUUCCGGAUGCCGCCCUGCCAGCCCUGUCUCUCUCGGAGAUUCACGUUCAGUCCAUCGAACCCAUCCAGACCGAGGAGCCCAAGGUCGCUCAAGUGUUGGGCUUCGCAGGCAUCCAAUCGCUGCACAUUGAACCUAUCGAGCCACGCAGCCCUAAGCGGAACGCAUUCAUUCUCCCUCGUGACGCCGACAGCGAAGCCGCUCCAGCAAAUGUGACGGCAACAGCUGAUCAAUGCGCUCAGACAACUCUAACAUCUGAUGCUAUCGAUCAGAUGAUAAGGGAGAGGCUGCAGCCACCUGCGACGGCCAGCUUAGAGCGAUCCCAAUCGCUGGGCAGCAUGGGCACGCCAUCUACGGUAAGGAUCCACCGGCCUCGUCAAGAAAGCUUGGACAACUCUGUGCGAUCCAGAGGCAUAAUGGCCGAGGCCGGCACCGAUGCGCUCGGCGGACCCCUUGUUCGGAGGCCUGGCAGUUCGGGCAGUGGUAUGGCCUCCAUCAACGAGGUCCCGCCGCUCCCGGCGAACCACAAGGAGGCUAUCGAGGCGGCGAGGAGCGGUUCUUCGCAGGGUGGCCAAGGCACGAUUGGCAGCAUGGGUCCUCCACUGUUCCCAGCUUCUUCGUUGAAACCGCAAAACCAAUCUCUCAGACCCCGUACUCCCACUGGCUCGAAGCGACCCAUGUCGCCAGUCUCCGUGGCCUCCGGUCGCGGGACGCCAACCCCUCGCGCUGCGGGCGGCAAGCAGGGGGUCGGAACUGCCGAUGUUCACGAGGUGCAGUCGCUUUCACGGGCGACGCUUCGCAGCCGGAAGUCCUCCAUCUCGUCGUUUACAUCCGAGGUUGAUACUCGGUUCAACAUGCACGGCGUGGCCGGCCUCGAUCCACAGGGAUUCGGGCCAAACACGGACCCUCGCAUGAUCCAGGCAAUCACGCAGACCAUGAUCGGCGAAUAUCUAUGGAAAUACACGCGAAAGGCCGGUCGUGGAGAGAUGUCAGAGAACAGGCACCGCAGAUACUUCUGGGUUCACCCGUACACGCGUACUCUCUACUGGAGUGACCGUGACCCUUCGACCGCUGGGCGUUCCGAGUUGCGAGCCAAGAGCGUCCAGAUCGAGGCGGUUCGGGUUGUCGCUGAUGACAACCCGAUGCCGCCAGGUCUGCACAGGAAGAGCUUGAUCAUCGUGUCGCCUGGUAGGAGCAUAAAGUUCACCUGCACUACCGGCCAGCGGCACGAGACGUGGUUCAACGCGCUGUCAUACCUGCUUCUCCGGACAGCCAGUGAGGGCCAGUCGGAUGCCGAGGAGAUUGCUGGCAACAUCGCCAGGGAGGACGUCGACGAAUUCAACCCGCCGAUCGGAAGACGCCAAGCAAAUGGCAGCCGAGCGGCGCCUUCGCUGUCGUCGCACAACUCCCGGUCGGCGCGGGAAUCUCCCCCCAUGGACAUCUCAGUGAGCGUACCUACGUUGACACCCUCGCGCUCCAAGGCCUCGCAGGGCCGCCAGUCCCAUGGUACUCUCAGCAGGAUCAGUGGGUAUUGGAAGGACACCAAGAUCUCGGGGACCUUUGGCAGCAUCAGGAGCCGGAGUGUUCAGGGGCGUCACACUGCCCUGGGCAUCUACGAAACUAGCGACCUCCAAGACAGCGCCGAAGAUGUCCGGGAGAUGAUCGUGAGGCAGGAUCGUGAGGCUGAUAAGCUCGAGAAUGUGCGCGCAUGCUGCGAUGGCAAGCACGAUGUCGGCACGCUCACUAAUAGUGCGAAGAAGAGCCGCCACUCGGUUCCAGGUUUCCGGUCACCUACACCUGGCGCUACGACGCCAACACCAUCCGGAACUGUCAAGUCCCGGGCAUGAAUGCAUCCUUCGAGUUCGAUCCUUCGGUUUCCUUGGAAUAUCAACCCCGGACGCCUCUGUUAGAUGGCCAGCAUAUCAUUUUUCUUUCUCGUCGAUCGUUACAACAACCAUUUUCUAUUGCACUUGGGGUUUCUGUGAUGCAUACACCGGCCAUGCAUACAGGGCGUCACGAGGUUCACGAUUCGCUCUUCUAAUCCUCUCCUCUUCUGUACCACCACCCGACUCCCCGAGACCAAAGCCUUACAUCGGCCGUCCACUAAUCAGCGCGCGUACUACCAAUGCGCUCGCUCUACUUCAAAGAGGCGCCGAUCACUCCCCCUCCCUUCGGUUAUCCUUGACCAACAUUUGGAGCAUGUUCUCUCUUGUUUUGACGGUCGGGGCGUUGGGGUCUCCUUGGUUGAGUUUUCUGCGCAACCUGUUCUUCCAAGGCGUUUUGGCGGAUCGGAAAGUUUCCGCUACGGUAAUUCCGUUGCCAGUUCUUGGUGGUUCAAGAAACAUCGUCUGUCUAGGUUGCCUGGUACGCAAGCCGGCAAGCACAUGCGCACGCAACCACGGCUCAGUUAUUUGGGUCCGUGGCGAAAGCGUGCCCCAUUCGCUGUCAGAUUGUUCUCGAAACCGGAGAAUGGGAGAGAGAGGAGAGUGAAGUAAUGUUAAAGAGGUCGUUUUGUAAUCGUGGACAGUAUGUGAGAUAGCGUUGAUGACUGAAUGAGAAAACUAAAUUGGAAAUCUGGGGCGUGGACGGUGAGAGAUGUAGAUGUGGACGCUUCCUGGGCACCACCUGAAAGCUUGAUUCCUGGGUACACUCAUAUGAACUGUCCCUAUCCGUAGUUGUUUGGAUGUUGGGAUACUCCCCAG